AUGUCUGACGAGCACUCCACUAAUACAGCUGUUCCUCAAGAACAAGAACAAAAGCAAUAUGCUGCAACUCCUGUUCAACCUUACCAAGAUUUGUACCACGGCUAUCCUGUUGGAUACGAUGACCAAGUUCGUCCUCCAAGAACUGGUUUCUUGAGAACCAGUUGGUACAAGAGAUCUGGUAAGUACAGACCUUACCCAACCUCUGUCUCUGCCGGCUUGGCUUGUGUUGCUACUACCUUGUUUGCAUUGGGUUUGAUUAUUGCCGGUGCUAGACACACUCCUUCUGCAGCUGGUUUGGUUGGUGCUUUGUUUUUCUCCUCUGGUAUUGUCCAAAUCAUCACUGGUAUCUGGGCAAUUGUUGACAACAACUUGUUUGGUUCUGUCUUCCUCUUGGGUUAUGCUGCAUUCUUUAUGUCUUUGGGUGGCUUUUUGGCUCCAUUUUUCGAUAUUGAAGCUGCUUAUGCUGAUGGUGGUUUAUCAGAUGCUCUGGGUAUCUUUUUGGCUGCUUGGACUGUCUUUACCUUCCUCUUGUGGACUGCAACCAUCAAAUCUACUGUUCCAAUCUUCACCUUGAUGAUGUGUCUGUUCUUGUUCUUUAUUCUUUACACAAUUGCUGUCUUUGGUAACCAUAAAGGUUGUAAGACUGCUUCUGGUGUCUUCUGUUUCUUGACUUCUGCUUGUGCAUUCUAUGCAUUCUACGAUGGUAUUUCCUAUCCUUACAGCUCUUACUCUAGCAUUCCAGAAGCUAAGAUUCUGAGAAUGCCAGGCGCUUGGAGUAUGCCAGAUGACGAAAACAAGAUUGAAUUCGUUUAA